GCCGCCGCCGCCUCGCGCUCCGCGAUUGCUCCGCCCGCUGCUCGCGCCGCUGCUCGUAAGAGCUGAACACUUUUGCUGAACUUUGCAUAUUGAAGGGGACGAAUGAAGGACGAGCCGAGCGCCGCCACCAUGGCGCUCCGGAGACACGUCACCGCCUCCGCCGCCGCCGCCGCCGCCACGGCGCUGCUCCUGCUGCUGCUGCUGCUGGCGCCUGCGGACGCCGCCGCCGGAGCCACGCCGAUCCACAAGCACAUGAGCCCCGCUGAGCUGCGACACGUCUUCCAAGUCGACUCGCACGAUCUUGUGCCGCAGUACGAGGUGGUGCGCCUGCGCUCGUCGCCGGGCGCGGGCGGGGCGGAGGGCGCGGAGGGCGCGGCGGCGGGGGCGGGGGGCCGGGCCCGGCACGGUAUUGACAACACCAAUUUCAUCACAACAAACACCAACAAACAAAAUCGGCAGAGAGAGGAGGAGGAGAUCGGGCAGGCGUUCCAGGACGAGCAGACGCUGGCGGCGCUGCUGCUGCGCAAGGACGCCCGGGACGGGAAGCUGCUCAUGGAGGGCACCAUCGGCCACGACCUGGUGCUGAAGCCGGUGCCCGCGCGGGUGCGCCAGCACCUGGACGACGCGGCGGAGGACGCGGACGCCGACGCGGAGGAGAGCGCGGAGGACGACGAGGCGUGGCUGGACGAGGCGGGCGAGGACCCGCGCGACGACGUGGCCGUGGGCGGCGGCUUCCCGCUGGGCCGCGCGCGCCGCGCCGCCCCAGAGCCCACGCACCCGCACAUCGUCUUCCGGCGCAGCGCCUCGGCCGCCGGCCCGCCCUCCGACUACGGUGAGCACUGCGCACCCCCCACGAAUUUCGAUAAUUUGAUUUACUUUCUUCUCAAAUCAAUAAAAACUGUAUGUGGCUUACGACAAAGUUUAACUGAUCCACUCCUCAGUUUCAGUAUAAGUAUUUUAUUUCCAAGAACUAAUCUUACUUUACUAAAUGUCUUACUUUGA